AUGUCAGUAACUGCCGUGCUCUUGCGUGGUUCGGUUGACUCAGGAGAAGUGCAUAUUCGUUGGUGGAGGACACAUGUUAUCCGCGCGACCGUUUACGUAGAACUAAAAAUGGCAAACCGAGAUCAGCAAAUCGAGUUAUGGUUAUUGGAGGAAGAUGAAGACAUUUUAGAGGGUACUCCAUGUUCUGAUGACGAAGAGUCGGAUCAUCUAGAAGUCCAGGGCGAAAAUACGAACUCAGAAGAAGAUGGUGACCAUGAUUUAGGUGAAUUUGAGUUGAACCAAACAUUUGCUAGUUCCGCAAACCCCGCAUACGUUUUCACGGAUGAGGAAGAGGUACCACUUUCAAAUUUAUUUUACUAA